UAGGAUAGGAAAAACAAGGAUGACAUUGCUGCACUUGAAGGUUUACUCUCAUAUGCUUGGGAGAAAAGAUACGUCUGAAGAGUUAAAAAACCAGUUAUAGCAGUCCAGAAAGGGUUGGUUAGACUGUAAAAGGCAAGACAGGAAGAAAAAAUGUAAAGAGAAAAAGAAGACAGGAACAGAGAGGUGGAGGAGGAAAAGGAGACAAGGUGUUUCAUUCAGGUUGCACAGCUGUUAAGGAGAGACUGAAGACAACACAAAGUUCAGCUCACUACGAAGAGAAGAAGCAACAGAAUGUUGUAUGAUUAGUAAAGAAUGAAUGAAAACGAGAGACUAUGGAUAGACAAACAGUAGAGAGUGGUAAGAGAGGUGAUCCGCAGACUGGUAUUUCACUACUGCAGGCUAUGCUGAUGAAACUGAGUACAGAUAAAAAUGUCCACCAUCAAAAAAAACAUAAUGUACAAUCGCACGCACACCCAGACACAGUCAGCGAAAGUGUAUCUCAACAUUCCCUGGAGUUGGAAGGAGAACUAACAAAUAAAGAUGCGACUGAUUCAGAUUGCUCUGUAAGACCUGAUGGUGAUGAGGAGCGACCAACUAGAUCUGAAACUGAACAUGUCAAUGAACCUGUUGAAGAGUUCAGAGGCUUUCCAGAAAUGAUUCCUAAAUGGGAGAGAAGGGCAUUUCUCGCUAUCUCUUUGUCUGAAGAAACAGAGGAGGAUGAACCAAGUUUAGAGGACAGAGAGAAUAAAGAGCUUGAUAUGGACGAGGACAUGGCUGGAGCUGCAUUAAUGCUUAACAGUCAGAGUGAGGCACCUUCUAAACAAUCAUGUGAGUCCCCAUUUCAACUCUCAAUGUCCUCUGAAAGAGAUGACUUGGCACAGAUGGAGGUUAAGGAUGCACUAACAGAAGAGGCUUGUAUUUGUCCCCCAAAACAAGGCAGUGGUACAAGCAGUAUUUUAACAAAUCAAACUCCUGUGAACAAUACAAGCAGGACAGCAAGGUCCGCUUCUGAACCAGUAGCCCACAAGCCUAAGGAAGACAGACCACUCUCAGCUCCAAGUAUUUCAUACCGACAGGAAUAUGAAGACAGUGGAGGCUUUGCAAAUGACAUGUCAAUGAACAACACCAGGAAAUUAGACAAAGCAAAACGUAUUUUUGGAUUGGAGGAUUCAUGCAUGGAAGAGGGCUUUGGGGUUGUGGAACAUGAAAACUCAGUCUCCAAAAUGCAAAUGAAGGGAAAGAAAAACAAGAUGAAGUAUCUUGCUCAGAAACUGAUGGCAAGACUUAAAGAAAAACACAAUAAGGAGCACACUGGCAGCAAGAGCAUCAAUGACAGUGAAGAGGCACAAUCGUUGAGUUCAAUGGAGACAGAAGUUGAAGAAGCAGUAAGUCCACCACCAGUACCCCCGAAAAAGGGGAAAUAUGUUUUCUUGGAAAGAACAUUUACUUUAAAAGACUUCAAACUCAACCUUGAACCAAUCGAUUUAAUGGAAGAAAUAUUCAUAGGAGAGGAGUGGCUGAAAUACCUACCCAGCAAAGCCACUCUACCUCAGAAAGACACUGGCGAACAAUCGAUUUCAGAAUUUCCAGAUAAUGUUCUCCAUCCAGAUAUGGACACUCAGGUUCAUAAAUCUUUGCUGACAACAGAGCAGGACCUAUCAGAAGACAGACAGUACAAUCAGUCAGACACAGAUCAAGACAAUAUUAGUAUUACUCAGCUGGACAAUGUAUCAAAAGUGAACAGACACUUGCAUGUAAUACCAGUGGAGCCGAAUGCAAACAUUUUUGCUAUUCCCAAGGCACUGCUAACAAAUUCUGUGAAUAAUCAAAGGACAUCUGGGUUAGUCUGUGAGUCAUACAAUUCUGAUGUCAUUAAUAACUGUGUGGGGGUAUACAUGAUUCCCAAACAUGACUUUCGAUUAUUGGACAGAAAGUCACAGAAUGUUCCUCUGGACUUUUCAACAGUCAAGUCACUUGGAUUGCUGGACAACUCCGCUCUCAAGGGUCGAAUCCGUCUAAGCAAAAAGAGACCCCACCGGCCACCCAAAAGAAACAAAAAUGUAAAGACAGAAAAGACAAACACCAAAUUCUACAAGAUUCUCCCAGCUUUUCUGCAUGAAUCCACUGUCGGGGCUUCCUCACUACUUCCUUUUUCCACGUCUCCUCCACUGCAUUUACCACCGCAUCAACCGUUACCAAUGACUCCAUGACUGCUCCAUCAUCUGCAUUUUUCGGGUCAGCAGAGUCACAAUCAGCUGAAGAAACAUAUUGCAGACCCAUAUUGCAGUAAAACGUCACAUAGUUCAUUGUCUGACCACUGUAAUUUACUGUGUUAUAACAAACUGCGCAACCUGGUCUCAUUGUGAAAACAUGACUCUAUAUAAAUUUUUUCGAAACUUGUUAAGCAUGUCUCCAGUUACAAUUCGCUGCAGUUUCCUGGAGAAAUGAACACUGUAGGCGCUACAACAAAUGUGUGUUUUAUUCACUUUCACUCAAAUCCUGACUUUAAUGGCUGUUUAUGACUUUAUAAAUACUUAUUUUUCUUUCUGUUACUCAGAAACUGCUAUUUUAUGAUAUCAACACACUUUUACUCAAACGCAUCUGUUGAAAAACAAUACAUUUUAAUGCUUUUAUUACAGACUCACCUACACACCUAUUCCAAUAUUGAUAUCUUGCGCAGUAGCUCACCUGGCAUUGGACUUACAGUUGGUGGUCCGCGGUUCAAGUCCAGCCAUGUACAAGCUGACAGGUGUCAUUACAGUCAUAGAAGUGGAACGAAAUGAGGUUUGGGGCCCCCAGCUUGACAUUUCACUAGAAACCUGCAGCCAAAUGUGUUAUACAGCACAUACAUUUUGAAUGGCAAAAAUGUUGUCAUGUUCACCACGUAAAUUUCAUGAGACCAGGCAAUGUGAUAUAAAUGUUUUAGUAUUGUAUAUAAUAUAUAAUUACAUAAUUACUACAGUAGUACUACAAAUAAUUACUACUGUAUAACUUUUUAUUUAUACUAUUAAAGUAAAUAUUGUAUUAUAUAUUUUUGUCCACAUUAUAGAUUUUAUGCAUUACUUCCAGAUGAAGUUACUAUCAAUAAACAAGGAAACCUGAAUUUGAUUGUUAAUACUGUCAAAUUCAAAAGAGAGGCUAAAGGAGAUUUGUUGUCAAUCAAAAGUAUUUCUUGUUGAAAUGACAGACUCAUAGUAAGUUUAUAUUGCAGUUUUGAUUUUAGAAGAUGAGAUUUGCAGAGGAUAAUGGUGACCUUUUAUUCACCCUAACAAUUAUUUUUAGAAUUUGAAGAUAGAAAUAUGAUUGUGCUGACAAAUCAAUAUACGUGUAUGUCAUAUAUUUAAAUGUUACAUUUAUUCCUGUUAAUAAAACUAAUAAUUCAUAACUGUUCAAUAAUUGUUCAUUAACAGUAGAGUGCAAUAAAGAAUUGUGCUUCUGUCCUUUGCUGGCCUUUAGAAUUUACUAAUUUCACAGUGCUUGAUGUGAAAAAUUCUAUCUAAUAAGUGAUGACCUAUGAUAAUGAAUAGUUAUAGUACAGAACUCCAGUUACAUAAAAGGAUUCCCCUGGAAUUUGAGGUGAAUAUUUGUAUUUAUUUAUCUUGAGUCAAGAAAGAGAUCUUUGUGUCGUGUAAAAACUUUUGAUGUAGUUUGCAUCUUAUGACAGAGCAAAUGAUGCAAUUUCAGACAAAAAAUAAAUAAAAAUGAUCAUUUUGAUUGCAAAAGUUCUUUAUUAUCAUUUUGAAUUAAUUUAAAGAAGUAUUUUUAUUUUUGUACGUAUUUUUUAAUGCAAUGGAGAAAAUUAUAUGCAAACAGUUUUAUGGGAUAAUACCCAGAUAAAACAGUUCGGUCUACUCUUCAAACUGGCGUUUACGCUUGAAGGCACAUAUGUAGUUUUUCUUAACCACACAAGAA